GACAAGAAUUUUAAUGAUAUUCACGCAGAGGAUACGUAAAACAUUUUUUAAAGCAGGUCUUUGCCUUACACACGUCGGUCCAGGCCUAUUUAAUCACAGGGAUAGGGAGAAGGUCGCCCUCCUCCCUGCUCCAGCCCUGCAACUGUUUCAAGCUGCCGCUUCAACUGCUCCAUGCGGCACCACUUGCUCAGAGCGGCUGAGCCGCGUGUGCCCGCCGCUAGUUAACGGCACAAACUGCGGUGCGGAGCGCGGUGUCUGGCCCCGCGGCGCGCCGGGGAGCCCGCAGCGGCUCGCCUCCCUGCUCCCCGCGCUCGCCCGCAACAGCCCCUCCGAUUCCUUAACGCUUCCACCUAAGGGCCAGCCGCAUCCCGGCAGAUCCCGAACGCGACGGCUCGGCGAGCCCCCCGCGAAGUGUCGCGCCGCGCCGAGCGGGCCGGGCCGGCUUCGUCCUCAGCCCCGCGGCAAGGACCGGGGCGGGCAGCGGGAGCCUCGGCACCUGCUUCCCCGCCCGUGCGCGCCCCCGACGCCUCUCGCCGGCCCGGCGGAGCGCAGCCCCAGGUGCCCGGGAGCGGAGGGGCGGGCGCGGCCCCGGCGGGGGACAGGCGAGGCGGGCGGGCCUCCCGGCGGGGGGUGCGCGGGGCGGGAGGCGCCGCUCGCCCAAGCCCAGCCCCUCGCCGCAGCCCGGCUCGGCGGCGCUGGCCGCUCCCGCUCCCCGCCACCCCCCAGCCCGGGCUCUUUGUCGGCGGGUGCCGGCGGGGGGGCCGCAGCGCCAUGUCCUCCCCCAAGAACGGCUUCUACCGGCAGGAGAUCACCAAGACCCUCUGGGAAGUGCGGGACCGCUACCGGGACCUGCAGCCGGUGGGGUCCGGCGCCUACGGAGCCGUCUGCUCAGCCGUCGAUGGAAGGAGCGGUACCAAAGUGGCCAUUAAGAAACUGUACCGCCCGUUUCAGUCCGAGCUCUUUGCCAAACGAGCCUACCGAGAGCUGCGCCUCCUGAAACACAUGAAGCACGAAAACGUCAUUGGAAUAUUGGAUGUGUUCACACCAGAUGUAACACUGGAGAAGUUUAAUGACUUCUACCUUGUCAUGCCAUUUAUGGGAACAGACUUGAGUAAGAUCAUGAAGCAUGAGAAACUAACCGAAGACCGAAUCCAGUUCCUAGUAUAUCAGAUGUUGAAAGGCUUAAAGUAUAUUCACUCAUCAGGCAUAAUUCACAGGGAUCUAAAGCCUGGAAACUUGGCAGUAAAUGAAGACUGUGAAUUGAAGAUUCUGGAUUUCGGAUUGGCAAGACAUACAGACAGUGAGAUGACCGGUUAUGUGGUUACAAGGUGGUACAGAGCCCCAGAGGUCAUACUUAACUGGAUGCAUUACACACAAACAGUUGACAUCUGGUCUGUGGGCUGUAUAAUGGCUGAGAUGAUAACAGGGAGGCCUCUGUUCAAAGGAAAUGAUCAUCUGGACCAACUCACAGAAAUAAUGAAAAUAACGGGUACACCUACUCAAGAUUUUGUUCAAAAACUGCACAGUCAAGAUGCAAAAAACUAUAUCAAAAGCCUUCCAAAAGUCCAGAAAAAAGAUUUUGCAUCCAUCUUGAAGUAUGCGAAUCCUUUGGCUGUAAACCUUUUGGAGAAGAUGCUGGUGCUGGAUGCAGAGAAGCGAGUCACAGCAGCUGAGGCUUUGAUGCAUCCGUACUUUGAACCAAUUCAUGAUCCUGAGGAAGAAAUUGAAGCUGAGAAAUAUGAUGACACGUUUGAUAAUAUGGAUCUUCCACUAGAUGAAUGGAAGCGCAUUACAUAUAAAGAGAUACUGAACUUCAAACCACCACAGGCAUUGGAGUCAAAGGAGACAGCAGUGUAAUUGUAUGACUCGGCCUUUUUAGAACUCGGAAGAAAGCAGGAAAGUUGUAAAUGUUUGUGACAUUUCAGGUGUAUACAACUUUUAUAAAUAAACUGGAUGUAAUUGUUUCAUCUGCACUGUAAGAAAGAGCAGUGUCUUUUACUCUGCAUGUGGAAGUUGGUGCCUUUGGGAGUAGCAUUCCAAAACUAUCCAGAAACUUACUCCUGCCUACAAAUUCUUCCUUCUGCAUGAAAGGAUUCAGACUGUGCUAACGUGGUGACAUCCUCAAAAGAGGCAGCAGGACCAAUUCUUCAACUCGGAGAUCACAAGAGUGUGAUGUACCACCCCAAGCAAGCUGAGACACACAGGGUAUGUCAGAAAUGUACCGUGACUCUCCAAGGCCACUGAACUGUCUUGAAUGCAAGAAGUAUUCAUGCAACUUCCUCUGGAAUAUUACACCUUGGUAAGAUGCCUGGGGAGGCUAAUCAGCUUCUGCUACCACUGCUAGUAGAAUGGGUAGUGGAGACACAGCCUGAACGAAUGCCUAUGUGUCCCCUGUCCUACCUGAGUGGAGGAGAACCUGAGCUCCAGCCAGUUCUGACACAUCUGGACAAGAGGCAAGAAGUAGAGAAGUGUUGAUGUCCUAGAUUUUUUUUUCAAAGUAACCAGCAUAGCAGGACAAGAUUUCACAAACGCACUAGGUGAACAGUCACUGGAUAAACAAUCACUGUCAAGGGGUACAAUAUUUUACUCUGAAUACGGUGCAGUCUCUUUGCAUAAUAGACUAGAGAUCAAGGAUUUCAAGGGAGAAAUUCUUAAGACUUUCUAAAAUUUUGUAAGCUCUCUAGCAUCUUAGUAUUGAAAUGAUCACUGAGAAAGUACUUCUUCGCAAAGGAUGUACUGGUUAUAGAAUCAGCAGGGCUGAUUUUAGAAAUAAAGCUGCACGUAGGUCACAUGAUAGAAAACAAAAUGAGGAUAAAAAGGCUAUGCUGCAGCUGCUCAUUGGGAAUACCUGCAGCAAGCUGUUUUGUUCAUGGUGUACAGAGGCGUUGCCAGGUGCAGAACAGCAACCAUUCCUUUUUUUAGUCUUUUGAACUCAUCUCACUUCAAAAAGCCCUCAGACUUUCUGUUCAGAGGUGCCUUACCAGGAGCCAGCUUUCUGAUGGGAUAGAUUGGUUAGACGCUUCACAAGUUCCUCUUACUGGCCCUCUUACUGUGUUUUCAUAGGUGCUUAGUUCAUAAUAAUCUCUCAGAGGUAGGAGAAAGGCAAACCUUUGGUGAAGAGUUUCUUUGUGAGAUUGCUUGUCCUUGUUAAAGAUAAUGUCUUCACAUUUGAUGUUCAGAUGUGGAUUAUUCCCAGUGCAAUAUGCUGUUGUGUGUUGCUACUAGGUGAAACAGUUGUGAAGGAAGGCAUUUGAUCUCAGCAGCUAAUAACUUAAAAAAUAGUAAGAAAUUAGUUAGAGUUUUUUGCUUUACUAAUUUAAACCAAAAGUUUUAAUCAAGGCACAGUUGUCUAUUUCUUUCAAUGAUUUUUUAAAUUAAACACCUGUAAAUAUUAACAUUUGUUUAAAAAUUGUGAUAAGCAUUGAUUAGCUUGAGACGGACACCUAGAGGGACUAAAUGGUGAUAGAAACCUUGAGUUAUUGAUGUAUUUGACAAGUCAUCAAAAACUAUAGUUUCAGGAAUGCACAAAAAGAGCAGAGAAUGUAAUUUGAAACAAAAGCUUUUUCCACACUACAGGUCACUGAGGAAGGCACGCUUAAGAGUCAUACCCCAUUUUGCACUAUUGACUUUCUGCUUGGACUAAACUUUUACAUUAAAUAGGAACUUUAAUUUUUACAGAAUAGGCAUUUUCUUAUAGGAUCAUGUUCUGUGAUAGUCUUAAAAGUCAUGGGAGAAAAGCGUCUAUUGGAAUUAGUGGGCUCAAUAGAGCCAGUCAAUGGGAAACAGAAAGUGUCAAAAACCUUGUAAAUGCUCCCACUGUAAUUUAAAUGGAAUUUCAACAUCCUAAAUUUAAGCAAGGAUCUAAAGUCUUGAGACAAUGUGGAUGGCUCAAAUGUUAGUCAGACUUUGAGGGAGCUUUUUUUUUUCCAUUGAAAUACUGGAGGAAUACAGAACUCUUAAAAUACUCUGAAGAGAACACCUUGAUGCAUGUGGCAGCAAAGGCUGAAGUACUGCUGUGCUACCUAGCCAGCAAACAGUCUGUAAGGUAAAAUAGCAAACGUGGAAAGUUUGUCACAUCUUGGCAAGAUGUUCCUGCAAAGAGAUUGAAAUCUACAGAAAUGGUUCCAAACAGCAAUAGAGAUUAUUAGUAUAAGUAGCUCAUUAAAAGAAAUGCAAUGUGAAAGCAGAAAUAUUUUGCAUGGUAGGCAGCUGCUGCUUCAAAGGGAGAGACAAUGUUUCAUAAGUUUUUAUUUGCUAUUUCUACUGGUGCUAAGCAACUCAGGAAUAAGAACCCAAUUUCUGUUUGCCUUAAAAGAAAUGUAAAUAUGUUCUGCAUGUACUUGAAAUGUGUGGUGACAAAUAAAGGUUGCGACUUUGUUUUUUACA